AUGGGUGUACCCUCCACGCAGGCGUCAAACGCCAUCCUCUACCUCACCUACGGCGCAUUCCUGGUCGUUGGAUGCUACAUCGCUUGGCGGCUGCGGCACCAGUCUAAGACGGAAUGGCUGAGCAGUAACAAGACACAGAAGGGCAUACCGCUUGCCUUCAAUUUCAUCGCAUCGGCUCUCGGUUCCGGCAUCCUCUUCACGUACCCUGAGAUUGCGACCAUCUGCGGUGUGCAAGGCGUGGUGGUGUACGCGCUUGCCAGCGCCCUGCCUCUACUCAUCUUCGGUUAUCUGGGUCCCAUCAUUCGGCGCAAGUGUCCUGAGGGCUUUGUUCUGACCGAGUGGACGAGGCAGAGGUAUGGUGCUGUGGCGGGCCUGUUCCUCAGCGUCUGCACGCUGAUUACGAUCUUCUUGUACAUGGUGAGCGAGCUGUCUGCCAUGCAGCAGAUCGUCACUGCGUUGACGGGACUGGACGGUCUCCCUGCCAUCAUUGUUGAGUGCGCCGUGACUACGAUUUAUACUUCCCUCGGCGGCUUCAAAGUCUCCUUCAUAACCGACAACAUCCAAGGCGUCAUGGUCGUCGGCCUCAUCAUCCUCGGCGUAAUCACCGUAGGCGUAGAAACACACAUCCAGCCCGCCCUCAUCAAAGAAUCCGGCUUCCUAGACGCCUCCCUCCUAGGCUGGCAACUCAUCUACAUCCUCCCCGUCGCCAUCCUCACAAACGACUUCUUCCUCUCGGGCUUCUGGAUGCGCGCCUUCGCCUCGCGCACAGACAAAGACCUCUGGGUGGGCGUCUCCAUCGCUAGCAUCGCCGUCCUGCUCAUCCUCACCCUCGUCGGCGUCUCAGGCUUGCUCGCCGCCUGGAGCGGCGCCUGGCCCCUGGGCGACGCAGACAACGGCUACCUAGCCUUCUUUCUCCUCCUCGGCCAACUCCCCGCCUGGGUCGUAGGCAUCAUCCUCGUCAUGACCGUCUCCCUCUCCACCGCCGCCUUCGACUCCUUCCAAUCCGCGCUCAUCUCCACCGGCUCAAACGACCUCUUCAGAAACAAGCUCAACAUCUGGGUCAUCCGCCUGCUCGUCGUCGUACUCAUCGUGCCUGUCGUGGUGGUGGCGCUAAAGAGCCCUGAUAUCCUUCAGAUUUUCCUAAUAAGCGACCUCGUCUCCGCGGCCGUCGUCCCGGUGCUCGUCAUCGGAUUGAGCGACAAAUGCUACUGGUGGCGCGGCUUCGACUUCGUAGUGGGCUCGCUUGGCGGGAUUUUCACGGUUUUCCUGUUUGGGUUGGUGUAUUACCACGGGGACGCUGUGCUCGCUUCAAAACUCCUGAUCUUGGAGGGAGGACUGUACGCGAACGACUGGAGCGCGUUUGGGGCGUUUGUUGCUGCGCCGUUUGGGGGGCUGCUGUGGGGGUUUGGCGCGUGUGGAUUGAGGCUUGCUACGCUGUGGGUUGUUGCGCGCGUCAAGGGACAGCGGUUCGAUGCGCUGGAUAGGCCUAUCCCUAGGGCGCCCGGAGCUAUCGGUGGGAUGGAUGAGGAUAGGGAGGCGGAGCGGGUGUUGGAGCAUCCGGACGACAAAGCUAUCUAUGGGAAGUUCUUCUAG